AUGGCAUUCCGACAUCUGCUUUUCGCUACUGCCUGCCUGGCGCUAUCCGUCGUAGCAGCCGAGAACGUUAGCUGUCCAGACUAUGCGAAAUACUCUAAAGAGCAACAUGGACCGUUCAGCGCAGGGAAAUUCAACCUGUCCUACCAGCGUCCUGAGUCCAGAUGCCGAACUUUCAACUCUUCCGUGGUCGAGAGCGCCAUCGACCGCGUCAAGCAAGAGAUCGCAGACCCGGAUCUGAGCAGGCUGUUCGAGAAUGCCUUUCCCAACACACUGGACACGGCAGUAAAGUGGAAAGGCACUGCACAAGAUUCAGACGAGGAGUUGACGUUCUUGAUCACGGGAGACAUCAACGCCAUGUGGCUGCGAGACUCUGCCAAUCAAGUCCAAUCCUACCGGUCGCUGCUCAAGCCUUCAAGUGACAGUGACUCUCUGGCUUCGCUGUACAGAGGCGUGAUCAAUUUGCAAGCACGCUAUGUGCUCACGAGUCCGUACUGCAACUCGUUUCAACCCCCUGUCGAAUCUGGUCUCAAGCCUUCUGUGAACUCAUAUGGGGCCCAAGACGUGGUGCUACCUGCAUACAGUAACCAUUCUGUAUUCGAAUGCAAGUACGAGCUUGACUCGCUGGCAGCUUUCCUGGAAGUGAGCGAGGACUACUACAAUGCAACGGGGGAUAUCGACUUCUUCGGCAAGUACCAAUGGGUAUCAGCUGUCGAAACCAUCCUCAAGACUGCGGAAGAUCAAAUCAUCGGAACGUACGCGACGUCCGGCAUGGUGAACAACUUGACAUAUCAAUUCUCUCGUCAGACCGACACCGCCACCGAGACAAUGGCAAACCAUGGCUUCGGCAACCCUUUCAACAACGGCAGUGGUCUUGUGCGCUCCUUCUUCCGACCCAGUGACGACGCCACCAUCUACCAAGGACUGAUCCCAAGCAACAUGAUGUUCUCGCGCUACCUCGUCGCAGCCUCCAAAAUCGCCGCCCAACUUAGCGGGCAAGAAGCACUCGCCCAACGCAUGCAAGACAUGGCCGCAAGCAUCCAAUCCGCCAUUGAAAAAUACGCCAUCAUCAACACCCCCGACUGCGGCAAAAUCUACGCCUUCGAAGUCGACGGCUACUUCGGACAAAACAUCAUGGACGACGCCAACAUCCCCUCUCUCCUCGCCGCUCCCUUUUUCGGCUAUCUCGACGUCAACGACCCCAUCUACCAAAACACCCGAAAACUCAUUCUCAGCUCUGGCAACCCGUACUUCAUGCGCGGACCCGUCAUCAAUGCCAUCGGAGGCCCGCAUAAUGGUCCGGGGUACGCGUGGCCCAUGGCAAGCAUUGUAAGGAUUUUAACGAGCAACGACGAUUUCGAAAUCACGGAACAGUUGAGGGAGAUUGUGAGCAGUACGGCGGGAUUGGGUUUGAUACAUGAGAGUAUUAAUACUUUUAAUGUGACGGAUUGGACGAGACAGUGGUUUUCGUGGGCGAAUGGCUUGUUCGGGCAGGCGAUUUUGGAUCUGAACGAGAGGAAGCCUGAGUUGUUGAAACAGAGCUUUCAAGAUUAAGGUACCUACAUGUACCUAGGUCUAGGUACGGUACCUAGCUACCUGAUUAUUGAGCGUGCAGACGGGAAGAACGAAUUCCCC